CAAAAUAAGAGUAUUUAGGCUCGUCAGUGUGUUGUGCCAGCCCGGCGGCGUCUUCCAGCCCGGCCGAGACCGUGGACACCGUUAGCCCAUCCUGCAGUAGCCCCUCGCCCUCUCUCUCCAGGGGCACCAUGACUAUGGCAUACCCGAGCCAGCCUCCCCCGCGGGGGAGACCGCCUCCUAACCCGGCACAGAUACAGAAGCUGCUGGAUGAGAACUCACAACUGAUCAAGACCAUAACAGAGUACCAGAGUCAAGGAAAGCCACAAGAAUGCUUUCAGUACCAGCAGUCUCUUCACCGCAACCUGAUGUACUUAGCAUCAAUGGCAGACACCUCGCAAAACAUGGCUCAGUUUCUUCCGGGAAGAGAAAAACUCAUGAAUUUAUUGCAGCCUCCACAGAUGCCUGGACAGCAGGGACAGAGUGGGGAGGGUUCCCAGGGUGGUCCCCCAAGUCAGGGAGCUCCAGGGCCCCAUCCUCCACCAGGUGCAUAUCCAGGACAACAACCUGCACCAUACAGACCUGCAGGACCACCGGGACCACCAGGCAUGAGUGGUGGACCACCAGGCCCUGGAGUGCCUGGCUUCAGGAUGCCAUAUGGCCAGAUCCCUCACUCCCAGGGGCCAUACCCACAGCCUUAUCCUCCACAAGGCCAGCAGUAUGGGCAGAGUGGCUAUCCUCCAGCUUCAACUGGACCACAGACUUACCCAGGCAGCUCCUCCACACCUCCAGCACCAGGCGCUAAAGGAUAUGGCACUCCGCCACCACCCUCUUCCACUCCAGGUUAUCCCCAGUGUCCCCCAGGACCUCUGAGUUCACAGGCUCAGGGGCCUCCACCACCUGUCAGUCAACCAGACUUCAGCCAGGCUUCACAGCAGUAUCCUGGCACCCCACCAACCUUUACAUCCACCACUCCAGUUCCUGUCCCCACAUCAACUCCUUGCACUUACUCCACUCCAACAUCUCAGUACCCAGGAGGUGGACCAACUUCUCAGCCCUACCAAAUGCCACCCUCAUCUGGUCCUCCAACGUCAUCCACAGCCACAAUGUCAGGUCCCCCUCCACACUCCACCUCCACUCCUCCCAUAUCAUCAGUCCCUGGAGGACCGCCUCCCUUGAUCACUUCCACAGCACCCUCUGUCUCGCCAGCCAUGUACACUGGAGGGCACUCUCGACCACCUACACCUCAGCAGCCCCAACCACCCCCACCAUCAGCCCCACAUCCUUCUUCCCAACCCCCACCACAGCCUCAACCCCACCCUUCAUCCCAGCCACAGCCCCAACCCCAGCCUCAGCCUCAACCACAGCCCCAGCCUCAGUCCCAGCCCCAGCCUCAGCCCCAGCCCCAGCCUCCAUCCCAACCACAACCUCCAUCUCAGCCACAACCUCCACCUCAACCUCAGCCUCCAACUCAACCCCAGCCACAACCACAAUCCCAGCCCCAGCCUCAGCAGCCACAGCCACAGCCACAGCCCCAGCCUCAGCCUCAGCCUCAGCCCCAGCCCCCACCACAGGCACAAUCCCAGCCACCACCCCAGGCACAGCCACAGCCUCCACCACAGGCUCAGCCCCCAUCCCAACCUCAGCCCCAGCCACAGGCUCAGCCACCACCCCAGCCACAACCUCCACCUCAGCCCCAGCCCCCACCACAGUCACAGCCCCAGCCUCAGCCUCCAUCUCAGCCCCAGCCACAGCCACCCCAGCAGCCACCACAGCAGACCAGCUCACCCAACCCCCCACCCACACCAUCUGUCCCAUCAUCCACUCCACCAACCUCUCAAAAUUAUCCUGGCACUCCACCACCACCUGUUUCCCAGCCUGGACCCCCCACCCAGGCUCCUCCUCCACCCCAACAGGCUCCCACCCCUUACCCCCCUACCUCACAGCAGUACCCAGUCACAGGAGCCCAGGCGUACCAUCAGCCAUAUCCACCCAGUCAGUACCCACCAAGUUCCCAAGGGGGGUACCCUCCUCCUGGUCAGUACCCAGGAGGGCAACCUUAUCCUCAGCCAUAUGGCUCUUAUCCUCCACCUCCUGGAAGCCAUCCUGGGUAUGGAGCACCAAUACCCAAUGCUCAGCCUGGCUAUCAACACCCAUCAGGUCCUGCCUAUGGCCAGGGUUACCCUCCUCCCCCCGGAAGUCAGUAUGCACAGUACAGGCCAUCGCCAGGCCAGGGUCCACCCCAAGGACAGUAUCCAGGAUAUGACCAGAGUCGUUAUCCCAGCUACCAGCCCCCACCACCACCUUCUGGACCUCCCUCUGCUCCUCACUAAGGCAUCUUGGUCUUGUAAAUAUUGGCUGCAAGAAGUAAUUUAUUACACAUUCUUUUUAUAUGGAAUGUUUUAUGUUUUCCAUAUUUAAAAAUGCACAAACUGUAUUAGUACUGAAUAAGUGCUAGAUUUGAUAUCUUUGUAAUCAUUUCAUCAACUAAGAAACAAUUAUGUAAUUGUAUAUAAAAGUAAGUCACUCAUGUGAGUGAAGUUUGAGUGACAUUAUCAAUUGAUCAUUUGAUACAAACAUAUAUAUAUAUAUAUAGACAUAACAAGACUUCCAAGUUUUAUUAUUCUGAAAAUAAGUCAAUAUAAAUAUUGAUCUUUGAAAGUUAUGUAGAAAUAAAAGUGACUUAAGGAAGUUGCAGUGUACAAGGCUGUGCUCAGAAAGUUACUCUAUGGUGCUGUCUUUUCUUAAAAGGUGAAACAGAUAUCCUGAUUAAGAAAUUGUAUGCUGUCACCAUCUGUUUUAAGAUCGAGAGCAGCUGUUGAUGCUGCACAGCGGCAUCAUUGUCAAACCAGACUUGAUGGCCUCACAAGACUAUUUGCAGUAUUUUCUUCAUUGUGACUUAUUUAUUUAAUUUCAAUAUUUCUUCUUUCUCAUCUAUUUCCUGAAUGUUCUCCACCUGCCCCUUGUAUGGGACAGUGCUAACUGUACUAAAGAGUCACAUGUUUGAUAAUGUUAUUUUUAACUUUAUAUAUAAUUAUUUUUGCUGCAUGUAUUAAAUAAUUGUAACUAGGUUAAUAUUUCUACUUAAGGGAAAAUCAUUGACAGUGAAAGCAAUUAUUAAUAAAAACAUGUUUACACUAGGGUGAAAAAGAUCUGGAGAAAAAUCUCAAGUUUUAAAGUGAAAAGUGACAAUGCUGUAAUUUUAAUACAUCUUUUAAAUAUAAAAUUUUAAACUGAAUGUUUGGGUCAUUUAAACUUCUAUGUUGUUCAACUAGUCAUGAUUGCUUCAGCAGGAUCAUAAUUGCUUUGCGUCUGUCCUGUGGAAAGGUUAUGGGACCGAGUUCAACUUGGUAGGACUAUUAGUGUGGCUGUACAAUGUACAGUACAUGUUUAUUUGUCAAUAUAUAUGUGAAGUAAGGUAAAUUGUAUAUUUUGAAAGUAAAUGCAAAUAUUUGUAGUAAACACAAAUACUUGCAACCUAAUUUCAGUGGUGAACCUGUUUCAAAACAAGCUUAAAUUUAAAACAUGAAUAAAAAUGUUCCUUUGAUAAAAUUAGAGUAACUGCAGACAAGAUUAGUGUUUAUCACCACUUAAUUCAGCAUAGAAAUAAAUGGUAAUGUAUUAACAUUUCCACAUAUAGUUAAGUUGUAUGCUUUUGUAAAAUGCCAAAAUUUGUAGUUUUGUGAAGAUUUGGUAUGUUUGAGCAUUUCUUCAACCAUUCACUAUCAAAAAAAAAAGUAGCAGGCUACAAUAAUGUUCAGUGACUUGUGUUAUUAGGGAAGAGAACAGGGAACCUCCUGCUCAUCUUGUAUUGAAAACAUUUCUUUUGAGGACAUGGUGUUAAUUCAUGUGCCAUUCAAUCAAAUAAUUUCAAAUUAAUUUACCAAUUUGUCAUUUUUACCACAAUGUAUAUCCUCAAAUUGAAUACAUUAAUUUUAUUUCUAUUUCACCUCAGUCUAGAACAGAACCUUUAGUGUUUGUGUGAAAGAAUGUUGGUCUCUAGUGAUGCAGGUUGUUCUGAAUUUCCAGCAUGGUUCUUUGAGAUGGUGUGUUGAUGGUUACCUGCAUGCACAGUUGCACACCUGUCUUACAUCAACUAGUGCCUGUGUUUUUCUUGAGCUACUAGCAUAACAGCCACUUACUGUGUGUUCCUUUGUUGUAUUUUGUCGCAAACUUCCUCUCCAUAGUCACUUUAUAUAGAAUGCAUUUUGUGAAUAUGGGAAGUACUAGUGCAUCUUUAGCUGGUAGCAAAGGAAGUGAACAAAGUGGAUGGAAAUUACAUCCAUCUUAUUCAGAAUGCCUCUUAAAAACCCAAGGAUAUUACUAAGAUUGAAAUUCAGACCUUGAGAAAUCUUAUAUCACAAAGAGAUCAAGAAUGUCAGUGGCAAGCAGUGGAAGGGAAAUUCCCACUUUUGUUGAAUUGGAUAAGUUUCCUGCCAAGCCUGAGUUACUGCAGUGCAUGAGUGAGAAGGAAUAUAGGAUACUAAGAGGCUUUGGAAACUCUUCUGCUCCAAUAGCAAUGAAGGUAUGUGGUUUUUCCAUAAUUCCUGAGAUUCUCAAUAAAAUUUAAUCCAUCCUGAUGUAUACGGUUCUCACUUGUCUGUCUAGCAUUUGAGUAGACAAGAAUGUGACACAGUCAAAGUCUGUCAUUUUGAUAGGAAAAUUUGAUAUACUUCUCAUUAAGAGUAAUUUUAGCUACCUUGAAAUCUGAAUUGGAGAACCAUUCUGUCAAAAUGUGCUGUACAGAAAUAGUUUACUAAAAUGGAAUAUGUACAUUAAAAUGCCUGCAAAUAACAUAUAACUCAAUGUUGA